UGUCUUCAGGGUAAAGAGAUAGCACUUAUCAAAAUAUAUAAUUUACCUUUUUUAAUCAUUAGUUUGUUUUUUAACAGCCUUGAUGUGUUUUUAUAAAGUAGAGAUUGUAGGUUUUGUGCUGUUUGAAACCUAAGAGAAAGGUACUUUUCUUUUUAUUGUUGGGACAAAGUAGAAAGUGAACCCAUGACUAGAAAGAUAAUAUCAAGUAGGAUAUUGUAAACAUACCUCGGGGAGAUAACAACAGGAUAACAGGGAGCAGGCAAACAGGCCAAUCCAGGGGAGAAAUGGGGUUAAAGAGAGCUCUACAAUGAAACAGAUUUUUUAAAACUCACUCCUUCCAAGUCCUCCAGCUCAAGCUGUAGCCAAAUAUUUGCAUAAAGAGCUGGUAAAGGAUUCCAGCUUCCUGGUUCAUGACAUUACAGCAUGGAUCAUUUUCAGAAUGAACACCACCUCCUGUUUCAGCAGUGGCUGACUGUGCAGUUCUCCCAGUAGCUCAGUGUACGGAAUUGUCCGGAGGCACCAGUAUCCACCUUUCAGAUCCAGUCGCACCAUCUUCUGCAGGAUUGUAUUUUGAGCCUGAAUCGAUGUCUUCCACACCAAAUUAUUUUCAACCCCGAGAAUUUAACACUUGUGUUUCUUGUGAAGAAAAUCCAAGCUGCCUGGACCAGAUCUUUGAUUCCUAUCUUCAGACUGACACACUGUCAGAGCCGUUGCCCAACUGCACGCAAAGUCCUCCACACUAUUUCCCAGACAGCUUCCCGGCCACCCCUUUCUGCUUUAACCAGAGCCUGACCCCAGGAUCACCUUCAGAUUCCUCCACUCUCUCUGGCUCCUUAGACUACAGUUACUCACCGGCUCAGCUGCCUUCAUACCCUCCGGAUAAUUACAGUUCUCCCCCUUCUCUGGACACCCUAAACCAUGGCCAUUCUCAGGAAGACUACUCCUACCAUCAUUUGCCCUCACAUGCCCAGUACAACUGCUUCCCUGCAGCCCCAGCCUCCGUCUGCUACUGCGCAUCCUGUGAGGCGGAGCACUUGGAGGCAGUCAGAACAGCUGAGUACUUCUACCCCAGCACCGACUGCAUGGACUUCGCACCCUCGGCAGCCACUGCCAGUGAUUUCUAUAAGAGGGAAACAAACUGUGACAUCUGCUAUAGUUAAUAGAAACGACACUAAUUUGGAACAUGGCAUGGGUAUAGCUACUUUUCUACCACAUCUAGAUAACACUUUGCUUUAUGCAACCUGUUAACAAAAUAUCACAGACACAGUUUACAUGUCACUGCUUUCAAUUUUCUGAUGCUAAUAUAGGUAUUAAGAUGAAGUCCUCAAACCUGGUCAUCGUACCACGACUGCUGUACAAAAAAUUGCCAACUCACAGUUGACAUUUUUGUAGGGAAUGUUCCAUUGUUUUAUUUUUCUGUAUAACGAACAAAUUCUCUCUUUUUUACUAAUAAAUAAUUUUUUGCAUUAUUAUUA